GUUGUAGUGGAACGAAGAAACUAUUCAUAUAAAAGUAUAAUAUUAGUAUGUUAAUGAAACUUUUUUCAAGUGACAACUAUUGACACCUUUUUUUUAAUAUGUCAUAACAAUCAGUCGUAAAUCCAAAACAGGAACACCAUUUUGAGAUAUUGCGAUGUGCGUAAAACUGUAACAGCCUUCACGGAUUAUAAUUUAUCGGAACAAAUUGGCAAUGCGCUACUGAGAACGUAUAUGAACAAUGUAUAAAAUUAAUUUAUUUGUGACAUUGUUUGUGUGUGUGAGUUACGUAAGUGGGAAAGUGAACUCUACGGAGGAUGGGACAAGCUCUCGUAUGGCUUGGAUGAAGAGUUUAUUGGACCAUCAUGACUGGAUUAACGUUCUGAAUGGAAGCCAUAAUGUGUCCGAAAAGUGUGAAUCGGAUUUGAGGCAGUACCUGACGGCGUUGAAUGAUGGACUGCUGUGGGCUUCCAAAAUUUAUGAUGCAUCAGGCCAGUAUAGUCCAAACAUGCUAUUUGGGAACGAAUUCUGGCUCGGAUCAAUAAACGCAUGUCGUGAUUUGCAACACAAAGAGUACUAUGCGCAAACGCCGCCUUUCCCUUGUACCUUCUAUGUUGCCAAAAUUAACCUCACCGUCGACGGAGAUCACAUACCACAGACAAGGCCUAUGCUUGUCGGUCAGUGCGUGCCGGCGUCUUGCGAUAAAGAUGAUUUGAAAUCUGUAUUGGAUGCUGCGGAGACGGCAAUCGUUGAAAGGGCCGUAGCCAAUGGCUUCAUCGCUUCCUUCACUACCCUCUACGUCCGACCUGUCCCUGGCACUUAUGAUGUUUUAAAAGAUUUUAAAUUUCAUAUAUUAACGACCGUUAUUUUGACGGUGUCGGUGUGGAUGUUGGUAGCUUCUGCCUACGAAGGUUACUUGGAGAGAAAAUACCGCAAUAAAGAACCGAAGGAUCUAGAAGUAGCCAACAACAAUCACAAACCAACUGCGAAUAACAAUAACACACCACAAGCGUCUGCAAAAAACGUGGACAACGAUAUCAAAGAAAAAGAUAUAAGAAGAGAUGUUUGCGGAGUAUGGUCUGAAAUUCUGCUGUCAUUUUCAAUACUCUCUAAUGGGCGAGCCAUUCUGAGCACACACAAGCCGAGCGAUGGAGCACUAACUUGCUUACACGGCAUGAGAUUCCUUUCCGUGUUGUGGGUCAUCAUGGUGCACACAUAUUUGACAGUUUUCUACAUAGCAGAUAACAAGACUAUGAGAGUGGUCACUGAAAGGAAUUUUCUUUAUCAAUCAGUCGGUAAUGCAUCCUACUGUGUGGACACAUUUUUCUUUAUCAGCGGUCUGCUCGUCACUGUGCUUUUCUUGAGAACAGAGGAGAGUAAGGCUAAUCGGAAAAAAAUAGCAAAAUGCAGGGAAAAUAAUAAGGAAACAAACAAAAACCAGAAUAGUUAUACAAAUUCAGCGUUAUCGGUCUCAGUCGUUAGCCAAGAAUCGUUCUACGAAGAUUUACUUGACAAGCCGGAGGUUAGGGUUUACAGCAAACGAGAAGUCUUCGGUAUGACGAAGUCUUUUCUCGUCCUCCUAUCAUACCGCGUGGUGAGGCUGACGCCGGCGUAUGCGUUCGUCAUCGGUUUGAACGAGCUGGCGCUUCGGUACACCUACGACCACACGGUGUUCGAGCCGGCUAUCUUCGACCACAUCAACUGCAACCAUUACUGGUGGCGUAACUUGCUCUACAUAAAUAAUUUAUUUCCUCAAAAAGACAUGUGCAUGGUCUGGUCCUGGUACAUGGCUAAUGACACGCAAUUUUAUGCUGUCGGUAUAAUACUGCUGUUGAUAUCCAUCAAGCAUACGAGAUUCGCGAUGGUGUCCCUGAUCCUGGUGUUGGUUAGUUCCUGGGCAACCACCAUCUACGUGUCAGUGUGGCACCAGUACAAAGCUCGCAUUCAAGAGCCGUUUGAAAUGUUUGAUCCACUUUAUGACAAACCGUGGUCCCGCAUCGGACCUUAUUUGGUUGGAAUGAUCGUAGGGUGGUAUUUACAUAAAACUAAAUGUCAAAUAAAAAUGCCAUAUUGGCUGGUAGCGGUUGGCUGGCCGGCCUCCCUCAUUAUUAUUGCCAGCCUCAUCUUUGGUAUGGUGGACGGAUACUUUGAAGUCUGGCCAACCGCCUUUUACGUCAGUGUUGGUCAUACAGGGUGGGGCGUGGCUCUCGCAUGGAUUUCAAUAGCGUGUUGCUGUGGUUACGGAGGACUUAUCAAAUCAGGGCUGUCCUACCGUGGACUGUUGCCACUCAGCCGACUCACGUACUGCGCGUACCUCGUGCAUCCAACCAUCAUGAUGUAUACCUCCUUCUUGCUAGACGGGCCUCUGCAUCUGGAAAACUCUAUGGUGCUCGUCAUAUACUCGGGGUACGCCGUCAUGGCAUUCCUGGCUUCGUUCGCUAUUUCACUGGCAUUUGAGGCGCCCGCAGUGAGACUGUUGAAGAUUAUCACUGGAGGAAGCAAGAGCGAAAAAUAGUCUGAGUAGCAACGUGUUAUGUCCAUGAAGCUGUUUAAAACAAAAAAGUUUCGGUUGAACCAAAUAAAGUGUUCCCCCUUUUACGAUAUUGCCUCUUUAAAGGAGCUUUAUUUAGAUUUACAAAUAAUUUAAUUAUUUUGCUCUAGUUACGAUUUAAAUAUAGUAAGCAUACCAAGUUACCUGUAGGAGGAUAAUGAUAGUUUUUUUCUUCUUUUUUUUCUAUUUUUUUUUUAUUAAAUCUAUAUGUACUUGUGCUAUUUAAAUAUCUGUAAUAGCUCCACUCAUAAAAAAAAUUAUCAUGUUUGUUUCGAAGUAAGCCAACGGUUAAGUUAGUAAGUACUGCUUCCAAUACGAACUUACUGUUGAAUUCGUCCAUUUCUGUAGAUAUUCACAUAAUAGGCUAUUACAUUAUUAAAGGUCUACCAUAAUUCAUCAUGUUGAUAGAGCAAGGUUAAAAACUAUAACUAAGUUUUGUUGCCAACUUUGUUUAUAACGAAGUAUUCUGAUAGUUUCAAAACAGUAUCGAGUUAUGUGUCUAAUUGAAUACUGAAUAUCCAAUAAUAUAUUUAGCAGAAUAUUUUUUUUUUUUUACAAACAAUACAUACCUAAAAUUUUUUUUAAUAUAAAUUUUUCUUAUAUGUUUCGUAUAUUAUAUGUAAGUUCCACAUGUUUAUAAAUUUUUGAAUUUAAUAUUACGUUGUACAUACUCUGAUGUAAAUAUAUGUGUAUUAAAAUAUAAUAUAAUUUAUAUUUCUAGUCGUUAA